ACAGCAGAGCAGCAGCCUGUCUGAUGGAUCUGCUGGGGACGGUUCUGCUGCUGGUUCUGGUGGGAUCAGAGGCCCAGAACCUGAAGAAUGUUACUGUAGAACUGGGUCAGGAUGUGACUUUAACCUGCUCUGUUAACCAUACUGAGGUCUACUGGUUCAUGGAGGAUCGGAACCAGACCAGAGUCAGAAUCGGACCGCUCUUCUCUCCAGGAGUCUCCAGCUACGACCAUCAGACCAAAUAUCUGACGGACAGGAACCGGCUGGUGAUCAGAAGCGUCUCUGCUGAGGACAGCAGGCUGGUCUCCUGCAGGACAAAGGAGGACGAUGAGGUGGAAACCUUCAGUCUUCUUCUACCAGAUGUCCCCGGCCCUCUGUCCUCCCGUCCUCCUGUCCUGAUGAAAGUCUACAACACUCAACCUGAUUGGGUGUUAACCAUCAAACUCAUAGCGUGGAUCCUUGGUAUCCCGGCUGCUGUAGCAGCUUGUCAUCGCUGUUGUAAGAAGAAGAAGGUCGAGGAUGAAGCUGAAGUCGUCUCCUGCUGUCCUCUGUCUCUGUCCGACAGGUCCAGGUGUUUGGCUGGGCCUACUUCCUGCUGCUCGUCUCCCAGGAGCGCUGCGUCCAUGGAGCCGCCGCUGCAGUUCCCUGGAAAACAUAGAAACUUUCCCACGGACACCUGCUUAUCCAUCGCUGCGUCCAUGGAGCCGCCGCUCCAGUUUUCUCUCAACAGAGUGGACCAGCAGAGCUCAAAGGUUCCCACUGAUCCGUCUGUCCAGCAGCACCAAACACAGCUGGACUCCAUAUUUAUGCUGCUGGAGGAAAACAUUGUCACUUUUGUGAAGAACGAGCUGAAGAACAUCCAGAAGGUUCUGAGUCCAGAUGAUCCAGGAUCCUCAGAGGGUCAGAGUGAGGAUGAGGAGGUGAUGGGGGCUGAGGAUGAAGAGCAGAGGAGGAGCAGCAGGGAGGCAGUGAUGAAGAUCACCCUGAACUUCCUGAGGAAGAUGAAGCAGGAGGAGCUGGCUGAGUGUCUGCAGAGCAAACUGGUUCCUUCACCUUGUCAACAAAAACUUAAAUCCUCCCUGAAGACAAAGUUCCAGUGUGUGUUUGAGGGAAUCGCUAAAGCAGGAAGUCCAACCCUGCUGAACCAGAUUUACACUGAGCUCUACAUCACAGAGGGAGGAACUGGAGAGGUCAACCAGGAACAUGAGGUCAGACAGAUUGAAACAGCUUCUAGAUCAACAGAUAGGCCAGAAACAACCAUCAGACGAGAAGACAUCUUUUUAGUCCAACCUGGAGGAGAUCAACCAAUCAGAACAGUGAUGACUAAAGGAGCAGCUGGCAUUGGGAAAACAGUCUUAACACAGAAGUUCACUCUGGACUGGGCUGAAGACAAAACCAACCAGAACAUCCAGUUCAUAUUUCCAUUCACCUUCAGAGAACUGAAUGUGCUGAGAGAGAAAAAGUUCAGCUUGGUGGAACUGAUUCAUCACUUCUUUCCUGAAACCAAAGGAAUCUUUAGCUUUGAACAGUUCCAGGUUCUGUUCAUCUUUGAUGGUCUGGAUGAGAGUCGACUUGGUCUGGACUUCAACAACAAUCCGAUCCUGACUGAUGUUACAGAGUCCAGCUCAGUGGAUGUUCUGCUGACAAACCUCAUCAGGGGGAAACUGCUUCCCUCUGCUCUCCUCUGGAUAACCACACGACCUGCAGCAGCCAAUCAGAUCCCUGCUCAGUGUGUUGGCAUGGUGACAGAGGUCAGAGGGUUCACUGACCCCCAGAAGGAGGAGUACUUCAGGAAGAGAUUCAGGGAUAAGACUCAAACCAAGAUGAUCAUCUCCCACAUCAAGACUUCACGAAGUCUCCACAUCAUGUGUCACAUCCCAGUUUUCUGCUGGAUCACUGCUACAGUUCUGGAGGAUGUGAUGAAGACCAGAGAGGGAGGAGAGCUGCCCAAGACCCUGACUGAGAUGUACAUCCACUUCCUGGUGGUUCAGACCAAAGUGAUGAAGGUCAAGUAUGAUGGAGGAUCAGAAACAGAUCCACACUGGAGUCCAGACAACAAGAAGAUGAUUGAGUCUCUGGGAAAACUGGCUUUUGAUCAGCUGCAGAAAGGAAACCUGAUCUUCUAUGAAUCAGACCUGACAGAGUGUGGCAUCGAUAUCAGAGCAGCCUCAGUGUACUCAGGAGUGUUCACACAGAUGUUUAAAGAAGAGAGAGGGCUGUACCAGGACAAGGUGUUCUGCUUCGUCCAUCUGAGUGUUCAGGAGUUUCUGGCUGCUCUUCAUGUUCAUCUGACCUUCAUCAACUAUGGAGUGAAUCUCUUAAACAUAGAAGAAAUAAACUCCAAGCAGUCAAGAACAAAAACAAAUGAAUCAAAAUCCUUCUACCAGAGAGCAGUAGAUGGGUGUUUAAGAAGUCCAAAUGGACACCUGGACCUGGUCCUCCGCUUCCUCCUGGGUCUUUCACUGCAGACCAAUCAGAGACUCCUGCAAGGUCUCCUGACACAGACAAGAAGUAGCUCACAGACCAAUGAGGAAACAAUUCAGUACAUAAAGCAGAAAAUCAGUGACAGUCAGUCUGUAGAGAAGAGUAUCAACCUGUUCUACUGUCUGAAUGAGCUGAACGAUCGUUCUCUAGUGGAGGAGAUUCAACGGUCUCUGAGUUCAGGACGUCUCUCCACAGAUAAACUGUCUCCUGCUCAGUGGUCAGCUCUGGUCUUCAUCUUACUGUCAUCAGAAAAAGAUCUGGAUGAGUUUGACCUGAAGAAAUACUGGGCUUCAGAAGAGGCUCUUCUCAGGCUGUUGCCUGUGGUCAAAGCUUCCAAGAAAGUUAUACUAAGUGGCUGUAACCUGUCAGAUAGAAGCUGUGAAGCUCUGUCCUUGGUUCUUGGCUCCCCAACCUGUAAUCUGAGAGAGCUGGACCUGAGCACCAACAACCUGAGGGAUGCAGGAGUGAAGCAGCUGUGUGCUGGACUGGGGAGUCCAUUCUGUCAACUGGAAACGCUAAGUCUCUCCGGCUGUCUGAUCACAGAGGAAGGUUGUGCUUCUCUGGCCUCAGCCCUGAACUCCAGCGCCGUCCAUCUCAAAGAGCUGGACCUGAGCUACAACCAUCUGGGAAUGAAGAUGCGCUCUUUUGGACGGGAUGGUCCAAAUGGGAGACUGGAAACUCUGAGGGUGGAGCCUGCUGGAGUCCGAUGGUUGACACCAGGUCUGCAGAAGUACUCCUGUCCACUCAUCAUCGACACAAACACAGUGAGCAGAGAGCUCAAACUGUCUGAGGACAACAGGAAGGUGACCCGUCUUAAGGAGGACCAGUCAUAUCCUGACCAUCCAGACAGAUUUGAUAACUGCCCUCAGCUGCUGUGUACAACUGGUCUGACUGGUCGCUGUUACUGGGAGGUGGAGUGGAAGGGGGAGGUUCGCAUUUCAGUGAGUUACAGAAGAAUCCAAAGGAAAGGAAACGUUGACGACAUUGUGUUUGGGAGGAACGAUCAGUCCUGGAGUUUGGACUGCGCCGACAUCGGCCGUUACUCCGUCUGGCACAAUAAGACGGGAACCUCCAUCUCCUCCUCGUCCUCCUCCUGCUCCUCCUCUCCCGUCUCUCACAGAGUAGCGGUGUAUGUGGACCGUCCCGCUGGCACUCUGUCCUUCUUCAGAGUCUCCUCUGACUCCCUGCUCCACCUCCACACCAUCAACACCACCUUCACUCAGACUCUUUACCCCGGGUUUUCAUUCAGGUCGUUUGGUUCCUCCAUACGUCUUCCUGAAGACUCUGGUCUCUCUCUGUAACAUCCUCCAUUCGCCCUCCUGUUAUUUAUUCAGCUCCAUUAUAAAUGAGUAGAACUGGUGCCUCAUGUUAUGUCAUACUGUGAACAGUUUCCAGUUUACUGUGAUGGACCGCUCCGUGUCCUUUCAGUUUGUAAGGAUCGACUCGACUGCAGAUGUUUUGACUCGACGUUUUGUGAAUAACUGCCCAGGUUGGACUUGCUGUGUUGAACAGGAAUUAAUCCUUCUGAACAUCUUGUGUUGUUACAUAUGAAUUUGCUUUUGUUUGCUAGUCAGUGUUACUGUUUUAGAUCAGAGCUUACAGUUACUGUAGAGUUGAGGAGAUAAUCCAAGUAGCUUCACUAGUCAGUGGUUUCCUAACCCUCACCUGUUUAGCAUCUGAGUUUUUUCAGUUGUGCAGGAAUUAUCCAAAGAGAAACUGUUAGCUUUAAGUCCAGACUGAUGCAGAGCCGUGUGACAAAGUUACAACAGAUUCUACUUUUGCUGGAUGCUGCAGCAACAAUGAAGUCCAUCCAGACUUGCUGGACUGUCAGUCAACACUCCUGAGGAGUUGAGGAGACAUGAAAUCAUUGCUGGACUUCAGGUGAGGUACUGCUCACCUGAAACAACGGCCUCUGCUGCACUGGUGCUGCAUCCAGCAGAGACCACAGCUCACCUAGAAAGAGUUUAAAACGUCAUUACAGAUAAUUAUAUACGAUACCAGCAGAUGAAACGCAGCAAUACUGUCAAAACUGAAUUACCAAAUACAUAAAGUUUUCUCCUGCAUCUUAUGAACCUUGAGCUGCUUUUAGCCUCUAUUUUGCCGAAGCCAAGAGUUUUGAACCGAGGCUCCAGAAAUGUGGUUAUUGUCGUGUUACUUAAUGUCACUGUAAAGAAGGAGUCAGUCUUUCUUUAACAUUUUGAAUCUAGUGUGUGUAAAUGAGUCUUUGUCUGUGAAAUGUUUGCUACCUGUGGGUGUGUCCUCUGCAGCAGCCAUCUUGGGAUUCUGCUAAAGAGGAGGCCCGGCCCAAACACAGCGCUUUUCUAGAGAGCUGCAGUUUGAUUGGCCAGGAGAACCUGAGAAGGUUUAACUAGUUUACAGAUGGAAGGAAGGGCAGCCAUUUUGAAAACUGCUCUGGUGAAAGUGACUCAAUAAAUAAACUUUGUUGUUAGAACAGCCAAA